AGCAGUCGUGGUGUCAGCUGAGGAGAGAUGGCCUCGGUGUCCCCCCCUGCAGCCUCCUCGCAACCUACCCUGCCCUCCGGACUCGCCGUCUUCAAAACCAUCCCCUACGCCUUCAUGUUGCCGGAGAUAGUCUGUGGGAUGUGGGUGUGGAUCCUUGUUGCUGCUACCUCUGUCUCCUUCCCGCUGCUGCAGGGAUGGGUGAUGUACGUGUCCCUCAGCUCCUGCCUCAUCUCCCUGCUGCUCCUCUUAAGCUACAUCUUCGGCUUUCACAAAAACAGUGAGAACUGGAAAGUGCUGGACAGUUUGUACCAUGGUGCCACGGCCAUUCUAUACAUGAGUGCUGCUGUCUUGCAAGCCAAUGCAACCAUCCGCUCUGAGUCCGAACUCAACUCACCCCUUUACUACCAGCUCAACAGUGCUGCAUCGUUCUUCGCCUUCAUCACGACCUUCCUGUACAUCCUCCACGCCUUCAGCAACUACUACCAGUGA